AUGCCCACGGUGGCGAUGGAACACAAAACGUGCCUGCAAUUGGUGCUAGCGAAGAUCGCCAGCCACUGGACCGUAUCGAGAAAAACCUGUUCACCGGAGCAGUACGACGCAGAGGAGUGGCUGUUCACGUUCUACCUGGGCAAGGACCGGUACUACUCAGCGCAGUGCUUGCGGUUCUCUCGGUGGUACCUCUUCUUCGCGAGUUUCCUGGUGCAGUUCUGUAUCGGGUCGCUCUACUCCUGGUCGGUGUUCAACCGACCUAUCGACGAGUACGUGUUCAGUGACCCGAAAGCCGGCUAUGCCGUCAACGCCUUCUACAUUGCAGUGGGCGUCUUUGGUACGACGACGGCCAUCAUGGGUCCGUGGAUUGAACGCAACGGCCCGAGGUACGGCGUGGUGCUAGGCACGACCUCGUUUCUCCUGGGUCAUGUGAUCGUGGCAAUCGGUGUGGCGCACAAGACGAUCGCAGCGGUGUACGUCGGCUACGGGUUCUUCUGCGGGUUCGGUAUGGGGCUGUGCUACAUCGCCCCAGUGUCCGCUCUACAGAAAUGGUUCCCCGACUACCGCGGCGCUGCUGCGGGCUUCGCUGUUGCGGGGUAUGGAGCUGGUGCUGUGGCGUGGGCCAAAGUCUACCGGCCGUGUAUUGAGGCGGUGGGGGUGUCCUCGACCUUCUUGGUUGUUGGCUGCGCGAUGGCCGGCACCAUGUACUUGUGCGCCAUCGUCCUGCGCACGCCGCACCUCGAGUUCACUGUUGGUGGACUGAAUAUUCAUGGUGAAAUGGUCGACGAGGCCGAGCUGAUGACGGAGAGCGAAGGCCGGGCCACGCCCAAGAACCAGUACGAGUCUGCGACGCCCGACAACGACAUCGACUUCAUUAUCAGCACCAACGCGCAGGUGCGCAAGCUGUCGCUGAUCGACGCCAUCAAGUCGCCCGACUUCCUGUGUAUGUACCUCAUGUUCUUCGCCAACCAGAUCUACGGCUUGGUUGUGCUCUCCAAGCUGUCGAACAUGUGCACCGACAUCUUCGGACGCUCGGGCGACGAGGCGGCCAACAUCGUGUCCAUCAACGGCGUGUUCAACUGCUUCGGGCGGCUCUUCUUCUCGCUCUCGUCCGACCUGGUGGCCCGCAAUUUCAACAUCGAGCACGCGUUCGCAAGAAAGUGUGUGUUCUACACGACGCUGGUGCUGCAGGUGGCCAUCGUGGGCACUACGCCCAUGCUGAUUCGCAACAACCAGUACACGACCUUCGUGAUUGAGAUCUUCGUGCUGACUGCGAGCUACGGCGGCGGAUUCGGGACCAUCCCGGCGUUCUUGACCGACAUGUUUGGUGCAUUUAACAUUGGAGCCAUGCACGGUCUCAUCCUGACAGCGUGGUCCAUUGGCGGCGUCGUGGGAGGCAUCACAUUCAACAAUACGUACAGCAGACAGAUCGAAGCGGGGGUGUCCAUCAGCGACGCGUACAUCUCGACGGUGAACGACAUCUUCGUUCUCAUCCUGGCCGGCCUGGUAGUGUUGCUUUUCGUGCGGACAAAUCCCAUGGACCGCUUUGAGCCUGGCUACCACUUCAGCAUCUUUGGCCGACGAGUUAUCAGCAUCGGAGGCAAGGAGGAACCUCCGAAGAAAGCGGACCCCACUGCUGCAGAUCAUCUAAGGCGUAAUAUAUAG